UCCAAAACUCACGUCAAGUAUUAUUAUAUUGUCAGUUUACCAAACUGUUUACUAGUGCCUACGUUUCGUUUUGUCGUCUGCAUUUUGUAGUACUGCCGUAAUUAUUUGCACUGUUACUAGAGGUUGUUGUUGUUGUUAUAUGUACUGAUAGUGGCACACUGGCGAUCGGUUCCGGUUGUGCAUGUCGUGGAAAAAUUUGAAACUGAUGACCAGUCACGAAACACUUGUGACAGUGAUAAAGAACUGUAAAUUCUAGUGCUUGGCAUGACUCGAUAACAAUUGAUUAUUAGGCUAGUGGAACUAUUACUUUUCUGAUAUAAGCUACCCUAUUAGUUAAUCUUGUUAUUAAUCUUGCAUGAAGAAACUAACAUCUUGUUUGUUCAUAGCACAAAUUGUCCAAUAAAAAAAUAGAUGUAAACAAUAAUCGUAGAAAAUAAUUCACACUUAGGUGAAAACGCAUUUGCUUUGAUUUUAUCUAGGUAGAAUGUGCAAUUGUGACUUAAACUUUACUAUAAAUCAUUGAUACUAGCACAAUUACUUUUGACAUCCAGUAAAUACCUGCAAAUAUCUAUAUAGAAUCCUAGCCAUGAUUGUUAAAAAUAUUUUUUUGGUAAUGAGUUUAUUCCUUUUUAGUGAUUGCUCAGAUUUGGGCAAUGAAGUCACCAAAGAUGCCAAUACACAUAUUGGUUGUGGAUGUGGCCUUACAAGCAGAAAUAACAAGUAUGAAAAUUCACACAUAUUUUUUAUGAAUUUAAUUAGGCCCCAAAAAAAUAUGUGUGCUGUCCAAAAAUCAACAAAACAUAGGAGAGGUUCUAGAAUGGCAUUCAUACCUGGAAAUUCUUUUUAUAUGGGAACAAACAAACCAAUCAUUUUGGCAGAUGGUGAAGGACCAGAGAGGGAAACGUCGAUUUCAGACUUUUUUAUAGAUGUUUUUGAAGUCAGCAAUAAUCACUUUCAAGAAUUCGUAAUGGACAGUGGCUAUGUAACUGAAGCUGAAAAGUUUGGAAAUUCAUUUGUUUUUGAACAUUUAAUAAGUGAGAAAACAAAAGCAACAAUUAACCAAGCUGUGGCUGCAGCUCCCUGGUGGUUACCUGUCAAUGGAGCUGAUUGGAAGCAUCCUGAAGGACUUGAUUCAAAUAUUAAAGAUCGAAUGAACCAUCCCGUGGUCCAUGUCUCGUGGAAUGAUGCCGUAGCAUUCUGUGAGUGGGCGGGCAAGAGGCUGCCAACUGAGGCAGAAUGGGAGUUUGCUUGCCGUGGAAACCUCCAAGGACGACUCUUUCCCUGGGGCAAUAACGCUUUGCCAAGAGGAGAACACAGGAUGAAUAUCUGGCAGGGUCAGUUCCCUGAGGAAAACACAGCAGAUGAUGGCUUCUUGUCCACUGCUCCUAUAGACAGGUUCGCCAACAACAGUUACGGACUGCAUAACAUGGUGGGCAAUGUGUGGGAAUGGGUGGCAGAUUGGUGGACUACCCACCAUUCAUCUCACCAUCAGACAGACCCGACUGGUCCAGUAUCAGGGACGGAUAAAGUGAAGAAGGGAGGUUCGUACCUGUGUCACCAUAGCUAUUGCUACCGGCACCGCUGUGCCGCCCGGUCUCAGAACACACCAGACAGCUCAGCUGGCAACUUGGGCUUCCGCUGCGCUGCUGAUGUCCACAGAUAACAAUGACACACAGUUUUUACUACAAACCUCUCCUGUCAACUUCAUUAUUUUUCCAAUAGAUUAUUUUUUUAAAACUAUGAACAACAAUUUUUCUAAAUGUUUCCAAGAAACAGUUAAAAUAUUCUGAAAUAUAAUUUAAUUAAUUUCUUUUCAGUUAGUGACAUAAAUCAAAAGCAUAAAAUUAGUGAUCUUAACAAUUGCAUGUUUUAUUCUAAAAAUUUGUAUGUGAAUAAUUUACUUUUAUACAAUUAUACAACUACAUUGAGAAGCUUUUGAGCUCAUAAAUUUGAACACAGCUAUUUGAUAUGAUUUAUUUACAUCAUUUUUGUCUGUACAAAUAUGUCUUUACUUUUAAUAAUGUAUUGUUUUGCAUAAAAAGACAAUAUAAUAUAUAUUUAGUAUA